AUGGAUUCUCCUUCAACCGAUCUUCACUUUAUAUUGUUCCCUCUAAUGGGUCAAGGCCAUAUGAUACCCAUAGUGGACAUUGCCCGAAUGCUAGCCCAAAGAGGUGCUACGGUUACUAUAGUCACAACUCCUGUUAACGCAAAGCGUUACAAAUCAAUUAUUAUCCGCGCAAUUGAAGCUAAGCUUAAGAUUCAAGUUCUUGAGCUUCAACUCCCAUUAGCUGAAGUUGGUUUGCCUGAAGGAUGUGAAAGUUUCGAUUUGCUACCAUCAUUUUCACUCGGAACCAAUCUUAUUUCCGCCACUUAUAUGCUAGAAGAACCAGCCGAAAAAAUGUUGAGAAGUUUAAGUCCUGCUCCAAGCUGCAUUAUCUCGGAUAGCAUGUUUCCAUGGACGGCCGAUAUGGCUAAAAGGUUAAACAUUCCAAGGCUCAUUUUCUAUGGACCUGGAUGUUUUGCUUUUGUAUGCAUACACAAAUUGAGAAAUACUAAUAUACUUGAUGAAAUUGACUCAAAUUCUAAGUACUUUGAGCUACCCGGUUUGCCUGACAAGAUUGAAAUUACAAAACCACAAGCUUCCACUUGGGGAAAAGGACCCACAAAAGAAUUGUUGGACAAGUAUGAACAAACGCAAGCCGCGGAGAAAUCUGCCUUUGGGAUCGUGGUUAAUAGUUUUCACGAGUUGGAACCCAAGUAUGUUGAAGAACUUGAAAAGGCUAGUCAUAAACAGGUGUGGUGUAUUGGCCCGGUUUCCUUGUGCAAUAAAAAUAUACAAGAUAUAGCUGAGAGAGGUAACAAGGCGGAAAUCGAUGGUUAUGAUUGUUUAAAAUGGCUGGAUUUGAAAGAGCCAAAAUCCGUGGUUUAUGUUUGUUUUGGAAGUCUAUCUCGUGGCUCCCCGGACCAAGCCGUUGAGCUUGCAUUAGGAUUGGAGUUAUCAAAUAUACCCUUUAUUUGGUUUAUUAGGUCCAAAAGUGAUGAAUUUGAGAGAUGGGUCAUAGAAGAAGGAUAUGAAAAAAGGAUACAAGAUAAAGGUCUAACAGUACGCGGAUGGGCCCCGCAAGUCUUGAUAUUGUCACAUCAAGCCAUAGGAGGAUUCGUGACACACUGUGGAUGGAACUCGACUCUAGAAGGGAUUUGUGCUGGAGUCCCAAUGAUUACAUGGCCCCAUUUUGCAGAGCAGUUUCUAAAUGAAAGAUUUAUUAUAGACGUGUUGAAAAUUGGAGUUAGAAUUGGUGUUGAAGUUCCAAUUCUUUUUGGAGAAAAAGAUAAGUUUGAAGUGAUCGUGAAGAGGGGAGAUAUUAAGAUGGCUGUCGAAGCUUUGAUGGAUGAUGAAGAAGAAGAUGCAAAGGCAAGGAGACAGAGGGUGAGCGAGCUUCGAGAAAUGGCAAACAGAGCAAUGGAGGAAGGUGGUUCGUCUCAAUUUAACUUGACGUUGAUGAUUCAAGCUAUUACUAAAGAACUAGCCAAGAACUCGAGUCCAGUUUAAGAUCUUGUUCAUGUAGCCGGCCACAACGUGAUCCAUUUAACCGAAAGACCUUAGCUUAAUUUGCUCUGCUUCUUUACAAUAAAGUGUUUUUAAUCUCUUAAUUAAGAUACGGUUUUGUUCUUCUUAUUUUAAAAACUAAAUCCAAGUUUUUUUUUUUUCUCUCAAAAAGAAGUCUAAUUCCAAGUUUUCCUUCAUAUAAAAUUUCCAUAAAUCUUAGGGGACUAGGAGUGGGAGGCGGGUUGAUGAUUUCAUGACAGGAACCGGGUGGGUAU